CCAUGAUCCUCUCCUUUAGUACCAACACACACAGAGAACAGAAAGAACAACAGAGCUUUAUAUAAGCUGAAGAAAAACAGAGAGAGCUUUAUAGAAGCUGUUAGUUGAAGAAGAAGAACAGAGUAGUGGCAGCCAUGGGCUUCUUUUGCGUGCCGUCAGUCCCCAAGGUGCUCCCCAAGAACAACUCUGUCUCUUCAUCAGCGUCGUCUGCGAAUGGUUCUUCUGGUGGCAAUAGCAAGAAGAAGCAGCCGGCGAAACAGGGGAAGAAGCAACCGGUGGUAAAGGAGGAGAAGAAGAAGAGGAGCAGCAACCUUGACCGGGCUGCCCUGACGACGCCGCACUUCCCCUUCCAUUCUCGCCCGGGCCUCAUGUAACAGAUUUGUUUCCGUCCAUGUGUGUCAUUCUAUUCAUCUCCUUGGUUGGUUUGGUUGCAUUAUUAGAUGGUCAAAAUUAGGGGAAAUAAAUUGGCGAGUGCUUGCUAAUUUACUUGAUUCUGUUCUGUUCUGUUCAUUCUAAAAAAGGAUAAUUGUUUCCUACUUACUCA